AUGCGAUGGAUAGGGCAAAGUUGCAUUAAGAAGAAGGACUGCGACAUCUACUACAGCUGCCAUCCAGAAAGGCAUGAAUUUGGCUGUGGCUUCGUUGUUGGCACCAGACUGCGGCGCCGAGUCUCUCACUUUCUGACAAUAAACGAGAGACUUGCAACGAUCCGAAUUACUGCCAAAUUCUUCAACAUCAGCCUGAUAUGCGCGCACGCUCCAACCGAAGAAAAAGACGAUAUAACCAAGGAUACUUUCUAUGCGGAGCUCGACCGAGCUUACGGCCGCUGCCCUUCUCAUGACAUUAAAAUCCUCCUUGGGGACUUUAAUGCCAAGGUUGGGCGAGAAGACAUCUUCGGUGCCACCGUCGGGCGAUUUAGUCUACAUGAGACCACCUCGAGCAAUGGUCUCAGAUUAAUAGGCUUUGCUGCAGCGCAUAAUAUGGUAGUUCGUAGUACUGGGUUCCGUCAUUUGGACAUACAUAAGGCGACGUGGCUCUCUCCCGAUCGACUGACCAGAAAUCAGAUCGAUCAUGUUGUGAUCGAUGCAAGGCAUGCAUCUAGCGUACUCGACGUGCGAUCCUGUCGGGGUCCCAACAUCGACUCCGACCAUUAUCUUGUUGCAGCUAAGAUUCGCACACGGUUAUGGGUUGCGAAGGUUGCACGUCGAGGACUGCUGAGAAGGCUGGACAUCGGAAAGCUCGAUCAGUGGGCGCUCAUAUCCCACUCCCUGCGAACUUCCGCAGAAGAAGUCAUUGGAUUCCAGCGCCCCCCAACAAGGAAUCCAUGGUAUGACCAGGAGUGUCGGGACGCAAAAGCUGCAAAAGACGCCGCCUACCGAAGAACACUGCAAGCUGGGGCUACACGGGCUGUUGUUGAGGUCUACAGGUUAAGGAGAAGGGAUGAGAAACGCCUUUUCAGACGCAAGAAAAGAGAACAUGAAAAGCGAGAGUGUGAAAGCAUAGAGAGCAGCAGAUGCCGAAAUGAAGCUCGUAACUUCUAUCAGAGGGUUAAGCGUCUGACCCAAGGUUUUAAGACUGGAGGAGUUGCAUGCAAGGACAAUGACGGAAACCUAGUCACAAAUGCAGAGAUUGUGCUGAAGCUAUGGAGGGAUCACUUCUCAAGCCUGUUAGCUGGCUCUGGCACGGGCUAUGAAGAUUAUGAUCCACAAACCCCAAUCUAUGGUACUGAUAUAGAUGUACCGACCCCAAGCCAUGCCGAAGUCAAGGAUGCAAUCCAACGACUCAAAAACAAUAAAUCUGCAGGUGCUGAUGGCCUGCCGGCUGAAUUGUUUAAGGCAGCUGGUGAUAUGUUGGUAGGGAGCAUGCACCAACUAAUCAGCAAGAUAUGGCGUACGGAGAGCAUGCCCGAAGAUUGGAACCUCAGCAUGAUCUGUCCUGUCCUGAAGAAGGGUGAUGCCACAUUGCGCACCAAUUACCGUGGCAUUAGUCUUCUUCCAGUCGCAUACAAGGUCCUUUCGAGCGUACUGUGUGAAAACCUGAAACGCCAUGCCGAAGCACUAAUUGGACCUUAUCAGUGCAGGUUCAGGCCUGGCAAAUCCACUAUUGACCAGAUUUUCACCUUGCGCCAAAUCCUGGAGAAGUCCUAUGAGAACCAGAUCGACACCCAUCAUCUAAUCGUCGAUUACAAGGCUGCAUUCGAUAGUCCCCGGCGAGAUCGCCUAUAUGCCGCCAUGUCUGAGCUUGGUAUACCAGCAAAGCUGAUACGGCUUUGCAGGAUGACAUUGAGCAACACCAUCAGCUCUGUCAAGGUAGGAAACGACCAAUCCGAAACCUUUAGUACCAAGUGUGGUCUCAGACAAGGUGACUCGCUAUCUUGCAUGCUCUUCAAUAUUCUAAUGGAGAGUAUUGUAAGGAAGGCUGGUGUGCAUCGGACGGGCACGAUUCUGUCAAACAGGUGUGUCCAACUCCUUGGUUACGCUGAUGAUAUUGAUAUCAUUGGCCGAACCAAGCGUGAUGUUACAGCAGCCUUUGGGGCUAUUGAAAAAGAGUCGGCUAAAGUAGGACUAGCAGUGAACAUGGACAAGACAAAGUUUAUGGUGUGCUCAAGCAGAGAAUCGCGGCGUCUUGAUUCUCAGCUGACUGCAGACAGCUAUAGCUUUGAGUCCGUCAAGGAAUUCAUCUACCUUGGCACUGCUAUAACUAGCACAAACGAUGUCAGCCUAGAGAUUAAGCGGAGAGUCACACUUGCCAACAGGUGUUACUUUGGGCUCAGUAGGCAUUUCAACAGUAGAGCUCUCUCUCGACAGGCAAAAAUAUCACUCUACAAGACGCUCAUUCUUCCAGUACUCUUAUAUGGUGCGGAGUGCUGGACAGUGGUGCAAUCCGAUGCAGCCGCUCUUGGAGUGUUCGAGAGAAAGAUUCUCCGCAAGAUCUUUGGUCCGAUUUGCGUUGGCGAUGCCUAUCGCAUUAGAUGGAACCACGAGCUGUAUGAGCUGUACGGGGAUGUUGAUGUAGUCAGUCGAGUUAAAAUUCACAGACUCCGCUGGCUGGGUCACAUCGCCCGUAUGGAAGAAGACGCUCCGGCCCGUAAGGUGUUUGAUGCGGUAAUUGUCGGGAAACGGAGGAGAGGACGACCCCGGAUGCGUUGGCAAGACCAGGUGAUGGAAGCCCUGUCUACAUCCGGUGCUGCCAACUGGAGAAGGCGCGCCCAGGACAGGGAUGCGUGGAGGCAAAUCGUGCAACAGGCUGUGACCCGUCAAGGGUUGUGA